ACUGCGAUGCUUGACAGUGAGCGAACUACAUCCAAGCGGAGGUCGGCAGCCGACGAGCCGACUCAGACUUCCGUGAUUCGCGUCGAGCCGAUCGGGGUACAACAGGCCCGUCAUGGAAGACGUACAGCAUCUCCUGGAAUGGAUCGGAUCCAUGCUGCUCCAUGAUGAGGCCACAGAUUUGACCCUGAUCGUGGCAGGAGUCGAGAUCCCAGUACACCGUAAUUUGUUGGCUGGAUCUUGCGAAUACUUCAGGGCGCUUCUGUGUGGCGGGAUGGACGAGUCGCGCCAAAGCAAGAUAGUUCUACCGGGUGUUCCUCUCCGGGGUUUCAAAGAGAUCCUCAAAUACAUCUACACCACGAAGCUGAACUUUCAAGAUCUGGAUGAGGUCUCGCUUCUGGAAAUCCUCGAGAUCGCGCAUCUAUACGGACUGGAAAAACUAGAGAGCUCGCUCUCUGAACACCUGGAGAAAGCACUCUCGGUCGAAAACGUCUGCAUGGUGUAUGAAACAGCUCACUCUCUCAAUCUUGAGCUUUUGAGUGAGUCCUGUCGUCGUUUCAUGGAUCAGCAGUCGCAUGCCCUACUCCGUGACGAAGCAUUCUAUAAAUUGCCAGCCUCAGCGAUCGCCCAGCUCCUGUCUCGGAAUACUUUCUACGUGAAGGAAAUCGAGAUCUUCGGAGCCGUCAAGCAAUGGUGCGACAUGAACCCGACAGACAGGGAGCUUCCCGAAGUUCUAGAUAGCGUCCGACUGCCACUCAUCGACAUCGUCAAUCUCGCAACUACCGUGAAAGACUCAGGUCUAUUCGCGGGAGACCGUCUACGGGAAGCCCGACGGCUGAAGGAGAAGCAUCUCGCGGAUUUGCCCGUGAGGGGUAUAAUGACGAGCGGCGAAAAUUUAGCGACCGCAGAUCGGGGCUCGGUGGAGUUGACGGGACUUCUCCCUGUGAGUUCUCCCUCCUCGACCCCGCGGAUCAAGUAUGAAAUCAAAGCUAUGCCUCCGUGUGCGUCGAAGGUGAAAGUGGACUCGAGCAAGGGACUGACAAUCGCGUUGAGCGAGAACUUCUUCAUCAACUACAUCGCCUUCCGACUCAGUGAAGAAGCUCCAGUUCCUGCCUCGUACUACAUCGAAGCUUCCCUGGAUCUGCUGGUCUGGGCUCGAAUUAUUGAUUUCUCAGGGUUCGCUUGCCGCUCCCUCCAAAGACUGUUCUUCAACACUCGGAUCGUCCGUUACCUCCGGAUAAUCUUCUCGAUGGGAGCUGACAGAAACGAUAUUGUUCUGUCGGGUUUGGAGGUGGCCCGGAGCCUGGAGAAAUUCACGCUCGUCCAUGGCUUCUAUGCUCCCCGAGAAAACGUUGCGUCCACGGAGCUCGGAGCUACGGUGAUCGAAUGCGGAGGGGGGAAGGACGGCUUGAUUGACAAGAUGAAUGCCAGCAAGCCCGGAAUCUCUAAGGGUACCUGGCAUAGAAUCGGUGGAGGUGCCAUAAUACUCCAGCUAUCGCAGCCGUACUCCAUCAACUACAUGCGACUUCUAUUGCACACCUUGCCUUCUAGAGGAUAUUCGUAUUACAUUGAAACUUCGGUCAACAAACGAGAAUGGACCCGUGUUGUGGAUCGCACCGCGGAAGAUUGCGUCUACUGGCAGAGCCUGAGCUUCCCUUCGCUGCCAGUGGCUUUCAUCAAAAUCGUAGCUACGUCCUCGAGGUCCGGUGAGUAUUUCGAAUGCAGCAAUUUCGAAUGUCGAGCAAUGAGCGAGGGAUCGCGGAGGGAACGGAUGCCGCUCGAACCUGUUUGAGCGCGGAUCUCCGAGCUAGGACUGCCUGCGGGUUGAAAUGUCGGUGGCGGAUCGAGAAGAGCCGCUCUAUCGAGGAAACACGGUCGAGUAUGGGUUUGGUCCGAGAUGGAGACGUCUCACCGAGCCCCGACGCCGUCCCGGAUGAACUUCAGCGAUUCCCAUCGCUCCCACAAUAAACUAUUU